UCGCAAUAAUAUAAUUUAAGGGGUCGGCACCCUGAACAACUUGCUACCUAAUUUUUCAAAAAUGAACAGCUACGUAGUGCUCGUUGUUAUGUUUUUGGCCGUAGCCUUUGCUGCGGAAGAAGAAGCCAAGGCUGAUGGCCCGAAAACUUACAGGAGGUUGAUCCCUGCUGACGUUCUUAGGGAUUUCCCUGGAAUGUGCUUUGCCUCCACCAAAUGCGCAACAGUUGAACCAGGUAAAUCAUGGGACCUUACACCAUUCUGCGGUCGCUCAACCUGCGUUGUUUCUGAAGACAAACCACCACGUCUAUUGGAAUUGGUAGAAGAUUGUGGACCACUUCCUUUGGCUAACCCCAAAUGCAAACUUGACGAAGAAAAAACCAACAAAACUGCACAGUUCCCUUACUGCUGUCCACAAUUUAGCUGUGAAGAAGGAGCCAAAUUAGAAUACCCAGAAAUUCCAACCAUUGCACCUGUCCCGGAAGAACCUGCAGCAACUACAACCAAAGCUUAAUUUUUAUAAGCAACUAAAUUUUCCUUGUUAUUUUUUCUCCCUUUUAUACUUAAAAACUGAUUAAAAAAGCUCACAGACAAUAUUUUCAUCAAAAUGUAGUAAAAAUUUGGUGUCAAAAAGUAUACAGUUUAAGUUCUAUUGCGUAGGCACCAAAAAAAGCUGUUAGAAACAAUAUGAAGUAACUUACGUAUUAAAAAAAAAUUGUUAAAUAUUUAAAUUAUUGCAAAAAAUGUAUCUUCAAAGUUUAUUCAUUGUUUCACUAAUUUAUAAACACGCUUUGUAAUACUUGCCUCCAUUUUAUUUUUCAUUGUUUACGUUACUUUUGUAUUUUUGUAAACGAAAUAAAGUAAAUUAAACAGAAA